UAAUGACGUCAGGAGAGCAGGGCGCAGGUGUGAGUUUAUUAAGCUCCUCCCACUUCGCUCUUUUAAGCAUUUAUUUGGGAGCAAUAAAGCCUCCGUUCGGAUACGGGGAAUUGUUUUAAAGCACAUCCCGACCCAAAUUAUGGAAUGAGGGAACCAGACCCGUGAAGGCGGUCAUGGAGUCCGCUUGCAAGUAAAGCGAAGCAGGCACUCUUGAUAGCCAGCUAUACGCCGGGAACGGAAGAGCGAGACGUAAAUAGUCCUGUUGGGCCGCUCGCGCAUGCGUUGUAGCGAGUAGCCGGGGAACGCGACGGCGCAGGAGGAAGGAGACGCUCCAGGCGCGAGGCCGGCGGCGGUUUCGUCACCAACGGCCGCUUCAGAGCUUUGUAGAGCCGGAGGGGUGCGGGGGAGGCAGAAAGGAAUUUCGUGAGAAGGGACAAGAAGCGGGAAGAUUCCGGUAAUCCCGUAGACCGCCCCCCUCCGUUCCCUCUGGUCGCCGAGGGAAGCGGAAGUGCCGCCAUCUUGGGAGAGAGGCAAGUGAGUUGCGUAGAGCUAGAAAGGGUAGAGCUAUAUAGAAGCUGCGGCAAAAAGCCUUCGCGUAAUGGCGUUGCUUAGCCACUCGGCAUCUCUGUUCUGACGGCGCCUGUAUCAUUACUAUUAUUUGCGUAAGAGUGAAAAGCCGGGUCAUUAAUUUAGAGACGAUCGUGGCGGGGGGCGGGGCUCGUUUUCAUUCCUUCCGCCAUUCCUAUCUCUAUGGUGCGUCAGUGGCUCGACUUCUGGACGGUCGUUUGUUUGACCGGAAGUGUCCUUGCAUUUGAGCGGAAGUAGGAUUUUUGUGCUGGAAUUGGCUCCCUCUCGGACGUGAAGCGGAAAGGACGGAGGGCAGGUUUGAAAAAUAAAUCUGUGGUUCAGCGUGUGUGUGUGUGUGUGUAUCUAUAUAUAUAUAGAGAGAGAGAGAGGGGGGGCGAUGAGGAGGAAAAAGAAGAAGGGAGGAUGUUUCUGCUUCCUAUGGCUGGCAAGCUCUGGGUGGUGGCACGAGGAUACAUAGUUGCCAGGUCUCCUGAGGACCAGAUCCUGCGACCUGCAUGUGUUUGGAUCCUUGGGGCUGUGAGGUGAAGCAAGGGAUAGUUCUGUGAGGAUAGACUCCGUUGAUGUAGGUUCCGUCGCAAGCUAAUGGAGAAAAGGCACUCAAGCCAGGUAGAAAUCAGCCUGGUUUCUUGAACCAGGCUCCUUUCUCUGCGACGUCACACAGUCCUCUGAGAAAGGUGACCAAGAAACUUCAGGUCAAGCCCUGAGAUCUGACAUCUCUUUCAGCUUAUUGUGCUGGUGUAUGUAACCAAGGGAUGGUGGGGAGAGGUUUUGCUGCAGCGAGGCUUUCCCUGUAAGUGGCUGGAUCACAUGCUCUGCUCUUGCUUUCCUUUGCUAACUGUGGUAUCAGCUGGUGGCGUUCCAGGUUCCCUUUGUAAAUUGCCUUGUACAUGCCACAGCCCAGCACCUUUUGAAAGAAGGUGACUGGUUUGGGUUUGGCUCCCCAGCUAGUAGUUACAAGAACUUUGUAACUUUUAGGAGCAAAGACUGCCAGGUUUCAUGAGCCUGAAAGUGAAUAAAAGUUGAAGGUAGGCAUAUUGGGGUGAGCAAGUAACCAAUGCUUUGUAAGCUUCUUUGGGAGAUGGAUGAAAAUGCUUAAAUAAAUAAAAUAGCGGCUACUCGUGUUCAAGUUGUAGGAGAGACUUGCCAAUUUCUGUUUUGUACCCUGGAGGGCAGUUAGCAGUUUUGUUAUCCAUCUUUGGUUGGGGGCGAUGGAUAAAAUUAAGUUCCUAAAUUAAACUUCUGCUUGUUUAGAAAAUGCUGUUUUUAAUGCAUGUUACUUAUCUUUAACCCUAAUUACUUUGUGAGCCUAUUGACAACAAAACAUCUCUCUUGGAAAGCUUGCUGUAACAUGCUCUGAGUCCACAUGAUAGAAUAUGCAUAAGUCUGAUAAAUAAAACAGCUCAGGGAGGUAGAGAUGAUGUGAGGAAAGGUCAUAGUUCUUUUUCCAGGCUCUCAGGAUAAGUUAAGAGACUGUGACUUGCACUAUUGUUAUUAUUUGAUUUUUUACCUUUACCAUGAGGUCCCAAUUUAAAAAUACAUUAAAAUAGUUAAUACAGAUUACAAUCAUGAGAAUAGGGUUGGUCCUAAAAUAUUUAUCUUAGGUGCACAUAAGGCUAUGCACAUAAUACUGUGCAAUGAUCUUCAUGGCUGAGCAGGGAUUUGAAUCUAAUCCUUCCUGGAAGAGGGAUUGUUGCUUGUGAGAUGCUUUGUAAAUGGUACAGAAAGGAAAGCGAAAUGCUAAAGGAGCCUGAGUGGGAAACAUUAUCAGUCUUUGGAAACCCAAAGUUAGCACCAUGUUAGGCAGAACCAAGGUUGAACACCCCCAAUCCUAGUCAUGUUUAUACAGCAGCAAGGCCAUUGAUUUCAAUGUACUUCCAAAUGGAUGUGCUUAGUUGCAGUCUGCAUUUGCUGUUUUUUUUAAUAUUGUGGUCAAUGGGUUUCUUACGCUUCCUCAUAGGAAUUCAUAACAUUUCUUGUUUCUUUGGAUGAAGGACGGUAUGGAAAUUUUAUAAACACGUAAAAAGUUAGAAUUUCUUCCAGACAAGGAACCAAAUUGAUGUGUUCUUUCUUUUAGGUCACAAAUGUCAAACAUACCCAUAUGUAGACUGGUGGGUUGGUAGCAUUGUGGACUCCUGUAAAGCUUGUACAGGUGUUAGUUGUACCCCCUGCCUCCUAAAGAAGAGAGAUGUACUUUCUGCACAGUCUUGUACAUGUUAACACAGUGGAACCUAGCGCAGGAGGGCUAGAAACACACUGCAACUUUUGAGGGACAUUUCUUCCUUUUCAGUCCCAAGGCAUGCAAUAAAACAGGCUUCUUCAACCUCAGCCCCUCCAGAUGUUUUGAGACUACAAUUCCCAUCAUCCCUGACCACUGGUCCUGCUAGCUGGGGAUCAUGGGAGUUGUAGGCCGAGGUUGAGGAAGCCUGCAAUAAAACCUGAGAGUGGUUAAUGCUUGUCCAGCUUGGAAUUUUGCACUUUAUACUUUAUAUGUCGUUCCACGUGCUAUUGUUGCAGAGAAUGCAAGUGAUGAUAAUGUUUUGGUAGACAUGGAAACAAAAUACUUAGAACGCAGAGUGCACAUACCUUUUGUUUUAAGCCAGUCAAGACAUAUGUAUCAGUAAUAAGUAAACCAGUAGGGGUGAGCGGUGUCACAAAAGGAAGGGGAAAGGCAACAGAACAUACAGAUUCCUUGUGGUAUAAACAUUUGCAGACUAGAGCCCAGCUAAUCAGAGCCAUGAAGGGUUAUCCUUGGAAAGGGAGAUAUGCAUACGUGGGUGUACAGGCAAAAGUAUUUGGUCUGACAUUUUGUAUGUGUGUGCAAAGUUCAAAUGUAGCACAAAGAAGAGCAAGCAGAGCUUUGCUUAGAAAUGCUAGAGGCUCUACUUCUUGCUGUCUGCCAGUUAAGGGUAUGCUAUACAGUGGUACCUUGGGUUACAUAUGGUACUGGUUACCGACUCCACUAACCCAGAAAUAUUACCUCGGGGCAGCAGGAGGCCCCAUUAGCUAAAGUGGUGCUUCAGGUUAAGAACAGUUUCAGGUUAAGAAUGGACCUCAGGAACGAAUUAAGUACUUAACCAGAGGUACCACUGUAUAUGUGACAAAAUGACAUUUGUCCCUUGGUUCUCAAACUCCCUACCCCAUGGACCACUUGAAAAUUGCUGAGGGUCUUGAUGGACCACUUAAUGGUUGUAGCAGUUGUAAUACACUGCUAGAUGCUGAGAGAUUUUUAAUCGUAUUUUUAUUGCUUCUUUUAUUUCCAUUGUCUUUGAAAUCACUUUAUGUUCUUUUCUUUACAUAUAAACUGUACUAUUGCGCAUACAGUGGUGCCCCGCAAGACGAAUGCCUCGCAAGACGGAAAAACCGCUAGACGAAAGGGUUUUCCGUUUUGAAGUUGCUUCGCAGGACGAAUUCCCCUAUGGGCUUGCUUCGCAAGACGAAAAUACCUUGCGAGUCUAGAGAUUUUUUUUCCGCUUUCCCCCCCCCUUUAUCUAAUCUGCUAAGCCUUUAAUAGCCUUUAAUAGCCUUUUAGCAGCUAAUCCCCUAAGCCUUUAAGCCUUUAAUAGCCGCUAAACAGCUGAUAGCGCUAAUAGCGCUAAUCCGUCAAUGGGCUUGCUUCGCAAGACGAAAAAACCGCUAGACGAAGACUCUUGCGGAACGGAUUAAUUUCGUCUUGCGAGGCACCACUGUACUUAAAGCUGUACUCUUUAAUGUUAUAUAGCCAGCAUUGUUCUUUGUGAAUAUUUUUGUAUAUUACCUUUUUUUAAAAAAAAACACCCAACAGCUGAAGAUCUAUUCGGGAAAGCCACCCCUUCCUAAGUCUAUUUUGUUUCUGAUGCCUUCACAAUUGUACUUCUUUGGUUACAGUGGCCAAGAAUCAGAUUGCUAUGUUUCCCCUUCUUGCAGGAGUAGCUAAGGAAGAAUUUGAGGCGGCGUCAUGGCGGAACCAGAGAACCUUGAGGUGAUGGUUAAAACCUUGGACUCUCAGACAAGGACUUUCACAGUGGAAGAAGAGGUGAGAAGGCCUUAGCCGGGGUUGCAGCCAGAAGGUGGGAGGGUAGUGAGGGGUAACUACAGUGGUACCUCUUGUUACAGACGCUUCAGGUUACAGACUCCACUAACCCAGAAAUAGUGCUUCAGAUUAAGAACUUUGCUUCAGGAUGAGAACAGAAAUCGCGCGGUGGCAGCAGGAGGCCCCAUUAGCUAAAGUGGUACCUCAGGUUAAGAACAGUUUAGGUUAAGAACGGACCUCCAGAAUGAAUUAAGUUCUUAACCUGAGGUACCACAGUACUAGGUUUUGGGUUCUGUCUGUUGAAUCCAUAUAUCGCUCGCUCCCUGCUAGAAAAAGCCUUGAAGCGAUUCGCAAUCACAAUAAAAGCGCGUGGCAUUUUGAAACAGAGGCAAACUCAGUCCUUCUGCACGAAAAUCUGCUCGAAGUUACCUCCGACGCCCAUUUAAGUUGUGUCAUUUAGGGGAGCAAAGUCAUAGAAUUGGAAUCAGGUGGAGAACGGACCUCCAGAAUGAAUUAAGUUCUUAACCUGAGGUACCACUGUAUUAAGGUGCUCUGGUGUAACUGUGGCAGGACAUUUGUAUCUACUGGGUGGUGGGGUCAGGAGGGCUCAUGCCUUGGAGGAACAACUAAGGAUCCCUAGGCCCAGUUGCUGACCCAGAUGGCAGGGGCUGGUAGGUGGGAAAACACUAGCCAGGAGGCCUCUGGAAAAUUAAAAAGAGGGGUGUAGAUAGUCUGGCAUUGUCCAGCUGUUGUCACACAUGCAGUGUGGCGAAAAAUCCUGUCUCGUUCAACCCACAAGCGAUGGCAUCAAACUUUUUGAUUAAUUUUUAGCGACCCAUUUCACAUUGCAUUCUUCCUUUCCAAAAUGGCCAUCUCAAGCUCAGUUCCAGUAGUUUUUAUCCUGUGACCGGGCCAUAUCCAAUGCCACAGCACUGCUGGUGCAACUGGUUUCCAUGAGCACAGCAGAAGUUCUUCUGCUGUCUCCUCCAGCCCCUUGCACAUCUUCAUAAUCAGCUGUGGGGGACCGGGGUAUCCUCUGCAGCUGAUUUUGGGGGGGGGUGCAUAUAGGGGAGAACGAGCACAAGUCCUGUUGCUCCUGUGGAACUCUGCUGGUAUAGCGUUGAAUCAUUUAGGGGUUUUUUUGGCCACUGUCACUCAUGUAGUAACACUGUGUUAGUACAGUGGUACCUCGGGUUUCAUACGCUUCAGGUUACAGACUCCGCUAACGUAGAAAUAGUACCUCAGGUUAAGAACUUUGCUUCAGGAUGAGAACAGAAAUCGUGCUCCAGUGGCAGCGGGAGGCCCCAUUAGCUAAAGUGGUACCUCAGGUUAAGAACAGUUUCAGGUUAAGAACGGACCUCUGGAAUGAAUUAAGUACAUAACCAGAGGUACCACUGUACUGUACAGAAGUUGUACACUCUCUGGAGGGUUUGUUAUUUAUUUGACUAAUACUGACAUGGAGCAGAGGCCUAGGACUGAUGAGCAGUGGGGGGUGGAGGGUUGCCCUGCUACGUCUUCUCAGUGCAAUUGUUUCUGCUUUGUAGAUCACAGUGAAGGAGUUUAAGGAGCACAUUGCAGGUUCAGUCAGCAUCCCCUCGGAAAAGCAGCGCCUCAUCUAUCAAGGGAGAGUCCUUCAGGAUGACAAGAAGUUGAAAGAAUACAGUGAGUGGGGGUUUGAGGAGGGUGGGCCUGAGGAGUUCUUGCCUGGGGCGGGGAGGGGGGCAUGGAUAAAAUGUUAAGUUGUGAGGGACGCUGAAAAGUGCUGGUUCCUGCCGUCCUUACUCAGAAAAGGCCCUUGAGCAAGCUCAGCAUUGAAUAGGAACGUUGUAUAAUUUCCUUGUUUCAUAAUUACUUCUGAGGGCUCUCAUAAUUGCUGGCUGAUCUAGUGUGUGCUGCUGUUAGUCACACUGUGAGCAUUGAGCCCCAAAAUUUAAAAAGAAACACAUGUAAAACUGCCUGAGGAGGCUGCAAUUUUUAAACAGCGAAGGAGGUGCUUAGCUGUUUUCCCUCUCAAUACCUGCUCCCGUGCUUUGUUAUUGCUGUUGUUUUGCCUAGCAGGUUUCCAUGCAUGUUUUUGUCUUCGUAAACACGCAUCUGAAAUGUGGGCCUGGAUGAGGGCAGAACAGUCUGAGAGAUAAUGACAAGCAGAAAACGACUGGCAGAAGAGAGGGUUAGGCACCCUCGCUGCCACUUCUCUGCUUAAAAUACAUCCAGUGAAAGUUCAUUUUAAAAAGGGAACUGUCUGGGCUUUUCCUAUGUACAUUUCCCCAUAAUGUGCGUCUUUACCCCUAAAGAGAGCUGCUUCUCAAAGAGCGUAUGCCAGCCGAAGGCCCAUUCUGAUAUUCCUUUUUGAAACCCAAGACCCGCUCUUUGACUCCUCAGCUUUGGAGGUUUGCCGGGAGGAUAAAAGGCGGUUGUCCUUUUGACCAAAACCUUCACGCUUGUCCCCUCUUCCCUGCCAGAUGUCGGGGGCAAAGUCAUCCACCUGGUGGAGCGUGCGCCUCCUCAGACACAGUCGCCCUCCUUGGGGGGCCCUUCCGGAGCCGGCUCGUCCUCCGUCCCUCACAACGGAGCAGGCCCCCGGGUGACGGGCCCAACUGUGCACGACCGCAAUGCCAACAGCUACGUCAUGGUGGGAACCUUCAACUUACCAGUAAGCAUUAUGGACCCGCAGCCACCCACGCAAGUGAGUUUUAGCCAGAGGGUGCUGCACUGCAGGGGAAGGGGGAGUGUUGUGCCUCCCCGUAAUGCUUUUAGUGCUUCUCUCCCCCCCCCCCACAAUAAAAAGGGGAGGAAUUUGCUGGUGUUAACGCUACGUGGAGAGGGGGGCAAACACGGUGGUGGGGGCUUAGUAGCUGGGUGCUCUUGCAUGCAGUCAGUGGCAGAGGGCGCUGAGCUGUCCUUCUUAACCCCAGACACUUUGUGAUGCAGCAGGAGGGAAUGAAUGCAUCCUUCUGCCUGGUCCUCUUGCCCUUUUGCAAGCAGCUGAUGAGGGAGGGGGCAAGGGACAGGAUCAGCAAGGGAACCGCUUAGAGUAGCCAUGGCAACAUUUUCUCCUGCUGCUUGGGAGAGACCUCUAAAGGUCUGGUAUUCGGAAUGAGAAGCGGCGACCUUACCUAUACGUCUCUACAGGGUCUCAUCGGGGGCAAAUACCUAUCUGGCUUUGCACCUUUCAUUGUAUUCCCACAGCAGCUGACUUGUUGGCUUUUGUGGGCAGCAUGCAUGACCUUAGUUGGACUUGCAGGGGACGUAGGGAGGGUGGUGGUUUUGGCCAGUGGUGGCAGGAUAGUGGCCACCCAUGAAGCAAGGCAAGGGCCACUUCUGAAAUUACGCGUGCUUGUUAGUGCACUUCAAACGGUGGUGUGCUGGCCGGCUGGCGAAUGAGGUCUUUCAAAAUGAUUUAUAACUUGGAUUGGUGCCUCACAGCAUGGUCCUAAGCUUCAGAAGCACUCCCUUUUGAGGCUUACUUCCAGGUAAGUGUGCACUGGAUUGCAGCCCAAGUACAUGCCUGCCUGCCUUUCAGAACAUGCACACAAACACACGUAUAGGGAUGAACCAGUUUUGGUCAGGCUUGCAUCUGCUUCCCUCUGACCGUCUUUGUGCAGCUUGGGAUAACGCUGCAGCUUGCAGAACUCAAGAACCCAGAGAAUGCCGACCAUGCGCUUUUGCCCCCAGGUUCAGCUCCCUGAGAAUCCCAGUUUCCUUCUUAACAAAACACACAUUUCUAGCACUUAGGGCUGUGACAGUUAAGCUUAAAAGCGCCUGGUGAACUCUGAGAAGCCAAGGGGCAGCGGAAUCAGAUGGUCAGUUUGCAGGCAGGGUUUGGUUGGUGUUCUCCAGACCUCGGUGCUGGUUCCUGUGCCUAGCAAAGAAAGUCACGAUUUCCAGUGCCUGCUUUCUGUGGUGCAGAAUCUGGAUUGCCGGGGCAGAGCACUAAUUUUAGCACAUGGAGGCUUGGAAGUAAUGUUUGAAUAUGGUUUAGCAGUGUGUCUUGACCAAGUUUGUCUCGUGAAAAAUCAGACUCCAGUCUCGGUGCAGCCAGCACUAUGGGGCAGUAUCUUUCAAGUGCUGUGUAAUGUCAGAAGAGACCCUGAGGGCUGGGGGGGGAAGCCGUGGUUUGAUGGUGGUAUUGUUUUCUCCUGGAUUUCCUUGCCUUUCUUUCUGCUCCAUUUUGUUAUUUCUCUCUUCUCUUCCAUCCUCUUCCCCCCCUCCCGCUCCUAUAUUUUUUGUUUCUUUCUUUAAUUUCCUCCCCCUCUGUCUCUUCCUUUUCUCUCCCCCCAACCCCGCUUCCCAAAGAGCGAUGGAUCGUCUGUGGAUGUUCAUAUAAAUAUGGACCAGGCUCCCAUACAGGUACAAGUGGGGUGGGAAGACGGGGACUUACUGACUUAAGGUUGUACAUAUUCUGUCGGGGGUGUGUGUGUGUGCAAGUGUGUGUUUGCGUAACAACAAUGAUUUAUUUCAGUAGCAUCUUGGUGAUGUUUGAUUUUUGGGGGGGGGGUUUAAUUUUCCAUGAAGAGAACUGCUGGUGAUGUAAAUUGAUUUGUCCAUUUUUAUAACUAAUUUUGGUUCCUUCCCAAAAUUUUUGGGAGUCCUAAAUUGUUGUUUGGGUUCACGCUUUGACGGUUGGUGCGAUGCAGCUGUGACCUGGUCAGUUGACAGCCGGCCUCUUAUUUCACCGUAGCCAAAUAUUAUGAUUUCAAGACUGCCCUUGUGUAAGUGGCAAGCUACCUAUAGAUCUAGACAUUGCUGCCCUAGGUGGCUAGGCUGAGGGCAAAGGUGCCAGGAAGCAGUCCAGGCUUUGAACAAGGAUAGGAUCCUUAAUAAAGGAUAGGCUUUGCUGGGGGCACUUUGUUCUAAACUUUUUUUUUUUUUUUGGAAGACUUCUUCCCCAUUGAAACAUUGGAACUCUGGUCUGGGGCUAAUCCUUAGAUGCCAGAAUUUUUAUGAACAGAGGAUGUCACCUCUGCUCAGCAUCUCACAAGAGCCCAGCAGGACUUCAGAGCAUGACUCUUGCUAAAUUCAUGUUUGAAAUCUGUGGUUCUUACUUCACUAGUCAUGAGACAGUCUGGGGCUUCCUCUAUCAGGGAUAUUUUCCUGUGUGAAGGCCAUUCAGCUGCCUGGCUCCCACCAUCUGUUUUCGCUAGACGCUUCCACUGGCAGCACAUCCAAAGGGUGGUGUCCUAAAUCUGUGGGUUCAGUGUUCUUGGCAGCCCGUUUGUGGUGACUCCCAGGAGAAUCCCAAAAUGAACUUCCGAGGGCAUUCUAAGUCUUUAAAUAUUGCUGUUACCAAAACAACAACAACAACCCGUGCCUAAAAUCUGCAUAAUGCUACUGAAACUACUGGGUGCCUGUCGCUGUCGUUCGGACCAUGAAGUUAAAACUCCAACAAAAAGAAGUAAAGCAUGAACGGUCAUGAAUUGCUUCCGUGUUGAAGAAAUCACAUUUCAGGCGCCUAUUGCAAGAAAAGAAGAUAAAGCUCAUUCAUGUGCUUCCUAAAGGCUUAUCAGAAGGAGGAGCCGGGUAGAUGUCUCUAGGGGAAGGAUUUCAAAGGGUCAGCAUCACAACUGAGAAAUCGCUGGCCCUCCCACUUCCCACGACAUUGCUAGCAGCGUUGCCUAUCCCUGAAGUUAGACUUGGCAGUUGCUGGCACGGGAAUGGGCUGCAGCUGACUGGUAGAGCAUCUCCUUGGCACGCAGAACUUUCCAGUUUCAUGGCAUCACGUGUUAGAACAGAGCUGGGAAGCUGGUGGCCUUCCAGGUGUUGUUGAACCCCAGUUCUGUUAGCCCCAACCAGCCUGCCCAAUGGUCAGGGGUGAGAGGAGUUGUGGUCCAGUAACACUGGAGGGCCAGAAGUUCCCCAUCCCUGAGUUACAAGGCCCAGGAAGCAGAUAAUGUGCAAGACCUUCUUGCUGUGACACCAAGGAGAUUUACUUCUGGGCAGGCUAGGCAAUAUUGGGCUUGGUUGGGGCCUGUCAUAAGACGCCUCUCUCUCUGGUCUAUGAAGGGGAUCUCUGAGGUUCAGGAGGGUGGCAGUUUGGGGAAAACAGGGCGUAGGUUGGGUGAAUCCAAUCUGACUACUGGUGGUGGACUACACACAUUCUGCCUCUUGAACCCUGUUUUGGUCUGGCCCUCUGAGUUCACCCCCCCUUUUUUUUAUUUUGCUUUGAGCAGAAGAUGGAAUAGGAGGGGCAUGGCAUUUGGUCUUAAAUGAGCCCAUUUUCCUUUAUGGCAUGAGCUCUGUAAGGGGGCUGGAGGGGGAUUAUGGUUCUGAUUCAGAGAAGUGGGGAAAAGGGACUCUGGCAAGGUGAGCCCCUUGGUUUGAGUGGGGUCCCUCUCCUCUCCUCUCGUUCCAGAGCGAGCCUCGAGUCCGCCUUGUUAUGGCCCAGCAUAUGCUUCGGGACGUCCGGGGCAUUCUGAACCGACUAGAGGUGAGCCGGCCUUUGAAACUUUUUUGGGGGGGGGAGGGGCUGUAUGCAGACAGGAAUAUAUCAAUGGCCUGUUAAAGCUUGAGGGAGAGGCAGUUGUUAAGAUAAUAAUAAUAAAAUAAGUAGAUUAUCUGUUAUGUUUUUAUUGUUGUGCUCUGUAAUGUGUUUUUAAUGUACACCUCCCUGGGAUCUUUUGACAAAGGGCGGUAUAUAAAUUGAAUUAGUAAUAAUAAUAGCAACAACUUAGAAGUGGGGCUUGGACACCUCCUUCUGGGCAUCAGCCGCCACGUGCUCCUCCUUUUCUUUUUUUUAACCUUAUUCCAAAACCAAAAAAGAAUUACAAACAUCAAAUUCAAAAUCCAUAUUUGUUUUGUAACAUAAGCCUAUUACAUAGUUGACUAGAUCAAAAUAUACCUAAUUGCUAUAGACUUCCCUUUGCAACGUAAAUUAGAAAUGCAACGUAAUUAGAAAUAUUAUAUUAGAAAUGUUUAUAAAUUCCCCUAUACCCCCCACUCCCCUUCACCCAUGCGUGAUCUCAGUAUUUCUUUUCAUUUCUUCCAUCUUGUUGUGCUGUUGUAGUUUAAUAAUUAUUCAGUUGAUUCUUAUAUUAUUUCCUUGCUUACCCCUGCACGUUUUACACAUUAUCUAUUAACAUUCCAGUUCCGGAACCAUAUUUUUUCAUGUAUUCCUUCACUCCAUCCCACUCUUUAAUUAUUCUCUGAUUUGAAUGGCCUCUAACGAUUGCCGUCAAUUUUGCCAUUUCCACAAACUCACAGAGCUUGCUUUGCCAUUCUAAUAAUGAUAGUAUUUUCUCCCCCUUCCAAUUCUUUGCGAUCAAUAUUCUGGCCGCUGCUGUUGCGUAAAGGAAUACAUUUUCCUCACGUGCUCCUCCUUUUCUUAGGGCCGCACCAAUGGCCAAGUUGCAUCGGGACCCGAGGAGACGGCAUCUGCCAGCCCCACCGAACGGGAGCCCAUGGAGGGAGCUGAGUCUGAGCCUCCCAGUGAGCCCACACCAGCUGAGGAGACGCCCCCAUCGGGGGCCGAGCCGCCCCCUACCGCUGAGGCUGCUGCGCCCAAGUGAGCAGCUGGCAUACAGGGCAGGGAGGGCGAAUGGGGUCCCGGCUGGCUUCUGUGGCCUGGCAUUCAAAGAGGGGAGCUGCUGCUGCGUGGUGGAGGGGUCGCCGAAACAAGAGGGGGGCUGGUGCAAAAGGGUCACAAAAGCGGAGGGUGGAGUGGAGUAGAUGGGUGAGCUCAGAAGGGAGGCCUUGUUGCUUCUGCCAGAUGAUCACCAUCGAGGAGGCCUGAGCAUCAUCUGAGCACCUUUUCUCUCUUCCCCACAGCCACCCGUCCCCAGGCGAGUACGUGGAGGUCUUAGGGGAGCUCCGCGGGGUGGAGAGCAGGCUCCAGCCCUUCCUCCAGAGAUACGAGGAGAUCCUUGGAACGGCCAGCACUGCAGACUACAACAAUAACGUAAGGGCAAACUUGGAGGUGUGCGUCGUGGCAUCCCAGACCAGGGAGCAGUGAUUGAAGUCUUGUUCUUUUUUGACGUGGGGGGUUGGGUAUGUCCCCCACACCCAACGCUUUCUUUUCUAUGCAGUGUGUUACUCAUACGACAAAUGCUGGGACUCAAAUCUGUGUUUGGGAGCUGCUUGUCUUCCAAAUCCUGACCGGUGGAGGCUUGUUGAGAAAUGUUAGGGCGUUUUGUAUGUUUCUGGGCUGGACCCGCAGGAAGUUCUGGGGCUGAAUUUUGGCGAGUGUUGGGUCUGCUCGUCUCCUAUCCCGGUGGUUGAGACAAUGGACGAUUAUCUUUCAUAUGUUUCUGGGACAGUCUUGUUUGUUGGGAAGGGAAGCAAGUAGUGGGGGACGCGGCUAGCUUGGCGUGCUGCGCUGUGCCUUGCUGUGUAGAUAUCAGAAGCGAAGAAUACAGCAAGCCGGCUUCACUCCAUCAGAGUGCCUGGGGCUUUCCGCCACUGUUCCAAGAAGGGGGCCACCCAGCCCCGCUGGUGACCGUUCUUGCAUGGGGUUUCCAAUUAGAGAACCCCCCAGUUCCGCACCCGGUUUGCUUCAGCAGCGCUGCAGAGUUAGGUCCUUGCACCCCAUUCGCCAGGCCACCGUCCUGGUCGUUUUUAAGGUGCCCUUCUCGAAAGCUGAGCUCUGUUCCUUGUGAUCCUCUACCUGCCCCACUUCCAGUUUUCCUUCUAGCCUAUUAUAUUACAAGGGUUUCCUGUCCUGCCCUUUGUAGGUUUCAGCUGGGAGGUGGGAUUUGGCCUGGGUUUGGCAGAGACUCCUGCUGGAAUCCGAAGCCUGUGGCCACUCACUGUCUUUCUCCUUCCUUUUGCGUUUGGCAGACGGAGGGCCGCGAAGAGGACCAGCGCAUCAUCAACCUGGUGGGGGAGUCUCUGCGCCUCCUGGGGAACACCUUUGUGGCGCUCUCCGACCUGCGCUGCAACCUCUCCUGCAGCGCCCCCCGCCACCUCCACGUGGUGCGGCCCAUGUCCCACUACACAGCCCCCAUGGUGCUGCAGCAGGCUGCCAUUCCCAUCCAGGUGAGUGCCUUCUCUGCUUGCGGACGGGCGGUUGGUGGCGGCACUUUUGCCUUCCCUGGCGGAGGCGUCGCCGGCAGGCUGGCUGGCCGGCUCAGCGAGGGAGAGCGGAAAGGAGCAGCGGCGCCUGCAGCCUGCUCUCUCCCUCUCUCUUCCAGAUCAACGUCGGAACCACAGUCACCAUGACAGGCAACGGCGCUCGUGGGGCCCCGGCCGGCUCAGAAGGCUCCACUGCUUCCCCGGCUGCCCCUGCCGCCCAGCCCCGCACUUCCAGCCCCGUCGAGGCCGGGCAGCCGUCCGAAGGGCCGCCCCCUUCGUCUUCCCCGGUGGUCACCCCGACUCAGACUCAGGCCUCCCAGACAGGCCACCCCCGCGUGAUCCGCAUCUCUCACCAGACGGUCGAGCCGGUGGUCAUGAUGCACAUGAACAUACAGGGUAAGGGAUGGCCAGGUUCCUUCUUGGGGAGAGAUGGAUUGUGGGGCCCUGGAGAAGGGGGGGAGGGCACAGAGCCGUUUUUCUGGGGUAUGCUGGCUCCUUUCUGGCAUUGGCUUAUCAGGUCAUUUGUAAUAAUAACAAUAACAACAACAACAACAAUUUACUAUUUAUAACCUAACAACAACAACAACUUACUAUUUAUAACCCAACAACAACAACAAUUUAUUAUUUAUACCCUGCCCAUCUGGCUGGGUUUCCCCAGCCACUCUGGGCGGCUUCCAACAGAAUAUUAAAAUACACUAACCUAUUAAACAUUAAAAGCACAUAAAAAUGUGCCCAGGUGUAGAAGGGUGCCAGGGCUUUGCAGUGUACUGGUCUGGCCUGGGGGUGGGGGUAGGGUUAGGCCCAGAGGUCUCUGAUUGGCUGAGUUCUGUGUAGGUAGCAAGGAGGGAAAGAACCCAGGAGAAAAGGGGGAGCAGAAGAAGAGAGAAAGUGGGGACUCGAGGGGGAGCGAUGCCGCAGAUCUCUCCUAACAAAGCCCACACACACACACACACACACACACACAUAGAAUAGGUUCGCAUGUGGGAUCCUGCGCCGUUCAGUUUCUCUGGGAGGAGGCGGGGGAGUCUGUGACACUUGUUGUCGUUUUAAGUUCUGCUUGCCUCUCUCAUCCUUCAAGACUCAGGUUCCCCGAUGGGUGGGAGUGGCUCAGCCGGAGUGCCACCCACAGGACCCGCCGGACCCCCUGGGCACCCCCAAGGAAUGGGUAAGGAGGGAGAACGGAGGCUGGGGUGGGGGGAGAGAGAGGGGUUUGUAGGAGAUUGCACAUCGUGACUGUGGGCUGUUGGUUGAGCCUGCCCUUUUUUUUUGUGUUCUCUCCUGCCCCAAGGUGGCACUGCUCACAUGCCGCUACCCAGCCUCCCGCCAGAGUUUAUGCAGGCUGUCGCCCAUCAGAUCACCCAGCAGGCCAUGGCAGCGGCCGCAUCAGCGGCGACAGGUAAUGGCACAGGAGGGUGCUGAAACACAGCAGAGGAUCCUGUCUUGGGGGUGGGAACGGUUGAUUCUUUCCCUCCCCUUCCGUGUUGUUGUCAGUACGCAGGAAGCUGCCUUAGGCUGAACCAGAUUGCUGGCCCAUCGAAGCCCUUGUUGCCUACACUUGACUCUCAUCGAAAAUUUACAUGUCACUGCCAUAGCAUACCGUAUUUUUCGCUCUAUAAGACGCACCAGACCACAAGACGCACCUAGUUUUUGGAGGAGGAAAACAAGAAAAAAAAUAAUCUGAAUCUCAGAAGCCAGAACAGCAAGAGGGUUCGCUGUGCAGUGAAAGCAGCAAUCCCUCUUGCUGUUCUGGCAUCUGGGAUAGCUGCGCAGCCUGCAUUUGCUCCAUAAGACGCACACACAUUUCCCCUUACUCUUUAGGAGGGAAAAAGUGAGUCUUAUAGAGCAAAAAAUACGGUAAUUGCUACAUGGGAUGUGUCGUCUUUAUACAAUAAUGUACCUUUGGACACACUAAAAUCUCUAAUCCAAGAAUUGCUAGUUGAUCAUAAUCAGUCUUCUCCACCAGUGCAUUUUUUUUAUCCCCCCCCCCCAAUUUUUUAUUCAUUUUAUAACACAAAUAAAGAACAGAAACAGAAAAUAAACAAUACAAAUUCUUGUCAUAGCCUUAUUUUCCUAAACAUUGUUAAGUGGGCUUCCCCAAGUCCCACCUAUCUGAUUUUCAUUUUACUACCAGUGCAUUUUUUAAUGGAGAUUCUAGAUUUAGUUCUAUUGAAUAAUUUCUUUAGGUUUGGUUCAAAGUACUUGAUCCAAAAACAAGGUGUAGCUAUGGGCUCGAAAUGUGCUCCCAAGUGUGGCUAAUAUCUUUAUGUGGAACUGUAACAACCCUUUAUGUGGAUUAUUGGACUCUAUGAACAGACAGGUGGAAUAGAUACUUAUACAUGUACGGAUCUUAUGCAUGAACUGAUCCACUGGGUCUUCUGCUUUUUUCGUUGAACCUUGUGAGACUUCCAUUGAAUUCUACAAUUUGGUACAGUGAAUAUUAUACCUUAUUUAUUCAAAAGUACACCUGGUUACGUCUUGUGUGUUUAUUGAGUACACUUGAGUGGCAGCGGCUCUAGGGCCCGGAUUUUGAACGGGGCGGACUUCUACCUGCCUUUUCCUGUUCCCUAGGCCAGCAGGUCCCCAGUUUCCAGUCGGCUCCGACACGUGUCGUGAUCGCCAGGCCCUCUGCUCCGUCUGUGCGGCCCACACACCCUGGGUCACCCCAGGCACCGGGACAAGGGGUGAGGACUAGGGCGGAGGGGAGCAUCUUUUCCGAGAGGGGAUCGCUGUUCCCCGCCGGCCAUCUUCUACCGAAUCUCUUUCUCUCUUGCAGGGCCCUGGCCUCGGGGGAAAUGCUUCCUUGGCCCAGAUGAUCAGCGGGCUGGUGGGGCAGCUCCUCAUGCAGCCGGUGAUAGUUGGUAGGUGGCAAGAGGCAGAGGGAAGGAGGGGUGAUGUUUUUGUAGUGUUUGGAAUGGAAACGUGGGUGGGUCGUCUUGCAGUGCUCACUUAAUGGGAGUUGGACCUCAUCAGUACAUAACUCUUCUUCUGGAAUGGUUAAAGGCGUAGGGGAUUGUGUGUGACACAGAGAGAAUGAGAGAGAGAGGGCAGGGUGCUGACUUUGUCCAAUGAAGGUUUGCAUGCAAACAGCGCUAUUUUGUUAUUUUCAUUGUGCAAUCCUAUAUUAGGAUUUCAAACUCUUUCAGGCUGUUUGGUGGUGGCAACAAUAAAUACAUCUAUUCAUUAAAAAAAAUACAUGCGAACAGUGAUUUCAAGAUGUGCUGGUAAUUGCAAAUAUCAGACCCAAGAGUGAUAGCCAAGGACCAUGUGUUCUUCAGGCUGUGAAAAUUUAAAUUCCAAAACAAAAAAAGCUGAAUUCUGCAACCUGUAUAAAUUCUGCAAUUCAGACACUUCCAUAAUUCUGUUUUUGCUGGUAAUUGGGAGGAGAGCAAAAAAGAGAACUGUAUCUCAAAGGUGUUGGAAAGGAUGAGUGUUUUGCUAUUUAAUUUUCCCCACAGGCUUCUGCCCAAGUGCCUUUUCCAAAGCUUCACUUGUUUUUUGUUUUUUUACAAACUGAUUAAAAAACAGUGUCUGUAGGAGAAAAAUCUGAUGGGGAGAGCCCCACCUCCAGUUCCUGUAAGCCCUAUUCAGCUCCUCUGGUUUCCAUGAUUAGGCAAGGUUUCCUACGCGCUUCCAAGCAUAGCUUUGCAUUCUUUCUUUUUAAGAAAAGGAAACGGGGAUUCUCCAGAGGAGUAGACAUUCCCUACUUGUUCUCUCUUCCUGAAAGCCCUAAGUAGCAUAAGAGCAGCCUUGGCACUUGUGAAUCCUGGCUGUUUCUGCAGCGAGAUGGUGUGGUCUCUGUAGGCGUACCCACAUGGGUUUGGCUUCUCUCUACCCUGUUUUGGAAAACAGAUAGCGAACUCCAGCUGUGGUUGGUGUGUGGUCCAGGCAGGCUAGCUGGAAGAAAACCUUUAAAAUCAGGAGUCUGUGAUGGAUCUGUCUUCCUCUUUCUCAAAUGCUCCCAUGCCCUUGCCUGGUCACUGACGUAGCAGACCUCUUCGUUUUUCCUUCCUAGCUCAGGGCAGCGGGACUUCACCUUCUUCUUCGUCCUCCUCCUCCUCCUCCUCCUCCUCCACCUCUUCCUCUGUCAGCGCCCAAGCCGCCUUCAGCACCAGCAAUUCUGCCUCCCCUCCCACAGCCUCGGCCAGCGCUGGCACCACCAACACCGCCACCACCGCUGCAGGGGGCAGCUCGGCCGGUGCCCCGGGAGGGCCCAUCCCCUCCGGCCAACCCCCCACGGCGGCCGCCGCGGAGCUCCAGUUCUCUCAGCUGCUGGGGAACAUCCUGGGGGCGGCGGGCUCCAGCAUGGCCGGUGUGGCUGGCCUGGGUUCCCCCACCAUCACCGUGGCAAUGCCUGGCGUCCCGGCUUUCCUGCAAGGCAUGACAGACUUCCUCCAGGUAAGCUUGGUUCCAGCCUCGCUUCAUUCCCCGGAGUGGCGGUUUCAGCAGGGGGCGGGGGGCGGUGGCAGCAGAUCAGCCCCUCUUCCAUCCUUCCUCUCAGGGGAGGAAGGGUCUGCCGGCAUCCUUUCAGGAGAUACAGUGCUACCUCGGGUUACAGACGCUUCAGGUUACAGACUCCACUAACCCAGAAAUAAUACCUCGGGUUAAGAACUUUACCUCAGGAUGAGAACAGAAAUCGCGCGGCGGCAGCGGGAGGCCCCAUUAGCUAAAGUGGUGCUUCAGGUUAAGAACAGUUUCAGGUUAAGAACGGACCUCCGGAACGAAUUACGUUUUUAACCCCAGGUACCACUGUACUGUGUUUUGGGUUCUAUCUGUUGAAUCCAUAUAUCGCUCCCCGCUAGAAAAAGCCUUGAAGCGAUUCGCAACCAUAAUAAAAGUGUGUGGCAUUUUUAAACGGAGCUGAACUCAGUCGUUCUGCACGAAAAUCUGCUCCAAGUUACCCCCGGCGCCCAUUUAAGCUGUGUAAUUUAGGGGAGCAAAGUCAUAGAAUUGGAAGGAACCCCAGCGUUCAUCAAGUCCAAUCCAUUGCAGUGCAAGAAUCUCAGCUAAAGCAUCCAGGACAGAUGGCCAUUCAACCUCUGCUUGAAAACCUCCAAGGAAGGAGAGCCCACAACCUCCUGAGGGAAACUGCUCCAGUGUCGAACAGCUCUUGCUGUCAGAAAUUUUCUCCUGAUGUUUAGGAGUCUCCUUCCUUGUAACUUGAAGCCCUUGGUUCGAGUCCUACCCUCCAGAGCAGGAGAAAACUAAGCUUGCUCCCUCUUCCAUGUGACAGCCCUUGAGAUACUUGAAGAUGGCUAUUGUAUCUCCUUUAAAGGCUGGCGGGUGGCGCUGUGGGUUAAACCACAGAGCCUAGGACUUGCCGAUCAGAAGGUCGGCGGUUUGAAUCCCCGUGAUGGGGUGAGCUCCCGUUGCUCGGUCCCUGCUCAUGCCAACCUAGCAGUUUGAAAGCAGGUCAAAGUGCAAGUAGAUAAAUAGGUACUGCUCUGGCGGGAAGGUAAAAGGCGUUUCCGUGCGCUGCUCUGGUUCGCCAGAAGCGGCUUAGUCAUGCUGGCCACAUGACUCGGAAGCUGUACGCCGGCUCCCUCGGCCAAUAAAGUGAGAUGAGCGCCGCAACCCCAGAGUCGGUUACGACUGGACCUAAUGAUCAGGGGUCCCUUUACCUUCACCUUUAUCCAAAGCCCUUGCUUGAUGUGCUUCGGGUCACCCAGAGACCUGCCAUCUUUCGGCCUCAGCCCUGCCUUCACUUUAACGUGCAUCUGUGGGCCUGGAAGCCUUUGCAUGCCUUUCCCCAGCACCCUUCCGGCCUCACUCCCCCUCCCUUCUCUCCGCAGGCGACGCAGAUGGGGGCGGCUCCUCCCCACCCUCCGGAGCAGGCCCCGCCUCCCCCACAGCCAGCGGCCUCCCCGCCACCGCCUCCUCCCCCGCCCUCGGCUCCCCAGAGCGGCAUGGAGCCGCCUUUGGGGGGCGGGAGCAGCAACGUCCGUGGCGGCGCCUCGGCAGACGCCCUGCCGCCCGAAUUCUUCACCAGCGUGGUGCAAGGGGUGCUGUCGUCCAUGAUGGGGUCGCUCAGCGCCCAGCAGGGCAGCACCGAGAGCAUCGCGGACUUCAUCCAGCGCCUGAGCGGCACCAGCAACAUCUUUGAGCCAGGCACAGAAGGGGCCCUGGGUAAGGAAGGUCUUGGAUGUGCCCCCCUUGCACUGGGGGGGGGGGGCUGCUGGUUAAUAACAACAACAACAAUCGGUUUGAAGUCCAUAUUGUGCUAUUGGCUUCCUAAUUUUGGACCUGGCAAUAUAUUGUGUGCAAAAAUCACGAAGCAGGGAAAACCAUGAAGCCAGCCAGUGCCUCUACAUAGCUCCAUCCUUAUUACAAACAUCGUGAUAUAUUUCUCAGUGUUUAGCUGGUGAUAUAUCGUGAUGUUGAAAACCAGAUAAUAAUUUAUUAUUUAUACCCCACGCAUCUGGCUGGGUUUCCCCAGUCACUCUGGGUGGCUCCCAACAAAAUAUUAAAAACAGGAUAAAACAUCAAACUUUAAAAACUUCCCCAAACAGGGCUGCCUUCAGAUGUCUUCUAAAAGUCAGAUAGUUGCCUGUUUCCUUGAUGGGAGGGCGUUCCACAGGGCGGGCACCACUACCGAGAAGGCCCUAUACCUGGUUCCCUGUAACCUCACUUCUUGCAGUGAGGGAAGCGCCAGAAGGCCCUCGGAGCUGGACCUCAGUGUCCAGGCUGAACGAUGGGGGUGGAGAUGCUCCUUCAGGGUGCUGAGAGUUGCUAGGUGCCCCCUAUUCUCCACUUCACAUAGCUACAGAAUGGUUUGACAACCAAUGCUUCCACCCUGGCUGAACGAUGGGAGUGGAGAUGCUCCUUCAGGUAUACUGGACCGAGGCCGUUUCGGGCUUUAAAGGUCAGCACCAACACUUUGAAUUGUGCUUGGAAACCUACUGGUUUGGAGAAGGCUGCCUUCUGCUCCCUGACUAAUUCAAAGACUCCUGUUUUCUGGGGUCCUAGUUGCCCCAGUUGGGAGAGGCAGGCUGACCCUUUUGAUCUCUCUGGUCACUACCCUCUCUAGAACCCCUUGCAAACCUGUUGGGAUACUGCCAGGGAGAUAAAGUCCAUCAUGGCCCCCAAGCUGGCUGCCGGACGAUCCAUCGACCUCCCGUAGACACGCAGUAUCAGCAAUUAGCGACAUGAGCUCCGGAACAUUCUAGAGCCGAUGCACACUCUCUAUCAGCAGAUAAUACACAGCAGAAGUUGCACUCAGGAGAGCAUUAUUUACAAGUUUAUUCAGCGUUGAUCAGAACACAGAAAAACAUGACUGCCUGCUUUAGUGUCUACGACACAGAGAGAGAAAACGAAAGCAACAGAAAACAUAAACAUCCUGUGAACAGGAAAUACGCAGACUCUGUGACUCACAGCCUGCUCCCUUUUAAGGUGGAACGGAAAUAUCCUAACACAUUGUGCUUGGAAACCUACUGGUUUGGAGAAGGCUGCCUUCUGCUCCCUGACUAAUUCAAAGACUCCUGUUUUCUGGGGUCCUAGUUGCCCCAUUUGGGAGAGGCAGGCUGACCCUUUUGAUCUCUCUGGUCACUACCCUCUCUAGAACCCCUUGCAAACCUUGCUCCUCCUUUUUCUUGGGUGUCUGUUGCCCACAACUUCCCACAGUCUGGACCAGCGUUUCCCAAACUUGGUUCUCCAACUGUUUUUGGACUACAAUUCACAUCAUCCCCGAUCACUGGUCUUGCUCGCACGGGAUGAUGGGAAACACUGGUCUGGACUUUUGGGCCCUGGCUCUGCCACCGUUGCCCAAGGGUGGGUGGGGGGAUUCCUUUUUGAGUUCCACUUCCUCUCUCUUUUUUGCUCUGCUUCAUCCUGAGGCAAAGGGAUAAUUUCUUGCCUUAGGCCUUGGGGUAGGCAAACUAAGGCCUGGGGGCCAGAUCUGGCCCAAUCGCCUUCUCAGUCCGGCCCACGGACGGUCCAGGAAUCAGUGUGUUUUUACAUGAGUAGAGUGUAUCCUUUUAUUUAAAAUGCCUCUCUGGGUUAUUUGUGGGGCCUGCCUGGUGUUUUUACACGAGUAGAAGGUGUGCUCUUAUUUAAAAUGCGUCUCUGGGUCAUUUGUGGGGCAUAGGAAUGCGUUCUUUCUGUUUUCAAAAUAUAGUCCGGCCCCCCACAAGGUCUGAGGGACAGUGAGAUGGCCCCCUGCUGAAAAGGUUUGCUGACCCCUGCCUUAGGCUGACUGAGAACAAGCUCAUGGCUGAAAUGGGACAAGCUGGGUUGCAAGCUCUGCCUCUUGGCCACUCUCCUGCCUGAGCUCCUUGCCAGCAAUAGCCCAUAGAAGUGUCUUUUGCUAGAGGGACAGCCUCUCCCAGCUGACAUUGCUCCUUUCCCUCCAGCCGUGAGGCUCUUUCUCCCUGGGGAAAUCCCAAGGAAGUAGUCGAUAUCUCCUUCUGUUCUCUCUCUCUCCCGGGGUUUCCAGCCACUGCUGCUUCCUUCCGUCCCAUUUGGGUUAAGCAGAAGGUCAGCUUGCAAGGUUUGUGUCCCUUCUAGGCUUCUUUGGAGACCUGCUCUCCCUCAUCUGCCAGAACUUCUCCAUGGUCGACAUGGUGAUGCUUCUGCACGGGCAGUUCCAGCCCCUCCAGCGGAUCCAGCCCCAGCUCAGCCGCUUCUUCCGGGAGGAGUACCUGCAUGGCCAGGAGCCCACGGAGCGCAACGUUCGGGUGAGUGGACCUGCCCCUAGUUCCAAGUGCAACCUCCCCUCCUUCCCCACCUUGAGUUCCCUCUGCUAACAGUUCCCUCUCUCUUCCGGCUUCUCCAGAUGGCCACGUACAAUUUGAUCAACGGCUUGGAGGAGUACAUUCGCGAGAGUUUUGUAAGUUCCACUCCCUCCUGCUGAAAAAGUUUGCUGACCCCUGGUCUAGCCUCCACAACGGUAGGCAGCCAAUAUGUGACAAGAGCAGAUGCAGGCGGAAACGCUCUUUGAGCUGGCUUUCCCCUCAUCUCUGAUGCCUCCCAUUUCCCCCCCCAGGCCUCCGUCCAAGUUCAAGAUGGCGUUGACAUCACCCGCACCAACCUGGAGUUCCUGCAGGAACAGUUCAACCGCAUUGCAAUGCACAUCCUCCACUGCGCUGGUAAGGGAAUGGGCUGAGUUCUGGGAGCUUUCUGCAGGGGGCUGCUUCUCCUCCUGGUCCUUCCCCACCCCCUCCAGCAUCCGUCUCCUCUCUCCUUCCAGAUAAUACUUUUGGGUAUCGGCUGCUGGAGUUGUGCAACCAGGGCCUGUUCGAGUGCCUGGCGCUGAACCUCUACUGCUUGCGCGGGGAGCAGGGAGCCCUGACUGCUGUCAUCAACGACCGCAUUGUGAGUGAUGAGUUGUGCUCCGCUGACGUUCCCCAUCUUCAGGGGAUGCAGGGCUGAUGCAGGGCAGUUUUGGGGAGGUACUAGAGCCAACGGAAGAGUUGUGAGAAAAGGAAGCCCGCAAGUUGCGGCGUCCCCCGAUGAUAGCGUCAGAAUCCCAUGGGCAGAGCUGCGUGCUGGAAGUCCCGUUUGGAAUUCUGCAAGCAUAAGUUACCGUAUUUUUCGCCCUAUAGGACGCACUUUUUCCCUUCCAAAAAUGAAGGGGAAAUCUGUGUGCGUCCUAUGGGGCGAAUACAGGCUUUCGCUGAAGCUUGGAGAGCGAGAGGGGUCGGUGCGCAGAUAUCCGCAGCCUGGGGAGCCCUGCAGGAGUUUCCGCAGGGCUCCCUAGGCUGCGGAUAGCAGCCUGCUGCACGGAGCGCGGGGCGCACUGAAGCAGAGCGCCCCGCGCUUUGGGCAGACAUCGGCCAGCCCCACAAGCUCGGGGGACAGCGGGGAGGCGCAGCGCCGCCAUACCGCUGUUCCCCGACCUGGUUUGGUUUCCCUGACCUGGUUUUGGGGGGAAAUAAAGGAAAUUUUUUUCCCCUUUAUUUCCCCCCCAAAAAACUAGGUGCGUCCUAUGGGACGGAGCGUCCUAUGGGACGAAAAAGAUGGUAAUAUGGAUGUGCCCAGGGGUGAGACUGUUGAAAUAGGGCGUGGGAAACAUGGUCAAGCAACUAGCUUCCACACUGUGCUCCUGGCGAAUGGAAGGCCCUAUAAAGCCCUUCACUGUUCAAAGUGUGUCUGUUUCACCUUUCCUGACCUCAUUAAAAAUGGUGCAGAAAAAUUGGAGAAUGAAACCGAUUGAAUGAAGUAUGGAAGUCAACCAUCCCAAUUUACCUCGUAAGGUAGGCUGACCUGGCAGGGAGCAGCUGAACCAGAGUCCCACUGGUGUGCUUUGUAGCUGAGUGGGGAUUAUAGGUAACACUCCCAGUCUCCCCAGUCAGAGUCCAGCAUACUUUGUUCUGUACAAUGGUAACUCGGGUUACAGACGCUUCAGGUUACAAAUUCUGCUAACCCAGAAAUAGUACCUUGGGUUAAGAACUUUGCUUCAGGAUGAGAACAGAAAUCGCACAGCGGCAGUGGGAGUCCCCAUUAGCUAAAGUGGUACCUCAGGUUAAGAACAGUUUCAGGUUAAGAAUGGACCUCCAGAACGAAUUAAGUUCUUAACCCGAGGUACCACUGUAUUGCACGGGGCCUCAGCUAAUGCAGUACAGUGGUACCUCGGGUAACAAACACUUCGGGUUACAAACUCCGCUAACCCAGAAAUAUUACCUUGGGUUAAGAACUUUGCCCCAGGAUGAGAACAGAAAUUGCGCGGCGUCAGCGGGAAGCCCCAUUAGCGAAAGCACACCUCAGGUUAAGAACAGACCUCUGGAACGAAUUAAGUUCAUAAUCCGAGGUAUGACUGUAUCGGAGUUGUGUUGGUCAUGAAGUACCUUAGGAAAAAAAAUGGAAGAUCUCAGCUGGUCUCCCACUUUCUUCAGCCCUAAGGACUCUUUUCAUUGAAACAGUUAAAUUUGUGAGUUGUCUAUUGCCAACUCACUUUACUUGUCCCAAAGGACUUGUUGCCCUGGCUAAUUUCGAGGUUGCGUCAAUGAAUCGGAAGGAUGCCGUCUCGUUCACUGAGGGCUGCUGGCUUGGAAGGGGAGUUUGCGGUCCUGACAGCCUUGUCUCUCUCUCUCUCUUCCUUGGCCCGCCUGGGCGGCAGAGGCGGAUGUCGGCAGACAUGAACCCCUCCUUGGUGAGCUGGCUCACCACCAUGAUGAGUAUGCGGCUGCAGGUCAUCCUGGAGCACAUGCCCGUCACAGAGGAUCAAAUACUACAGUAUGUCCGCAGGAUGGGCGACCCCCCACAGGUAAGACUCCUGAAAUUGGGUAGAGAAGCGCGAGUGGAAUCGGGCACUAAACCCUAGUUUCCUGUACCUUUUGGGAGGCUCCUCUGUUGUUGAGGAGACGCCGGACCAGGUCUCGUGAGUGUUGAGCAUUUUGGCCCAUAACCCCAUUACUGUCCCACAAUCCACCAUUUCAGUUGCAGUGAGGACAUUGCAGUUACGGGGCAUAAUUAUUAAUAAUAUUAAUAUUUUCUUUAUACCCCGCCCUCCCCAGCCAGAGCCAGGCUCAGGGUGGCUAACACCAAUAAAAUUACAAUAAAACAUAAUAGGGGGGAAACAAAAAAACCCCAGUUUAUUAAAAUACGGCUUAAAAUACAAUUUAAAAUGCAGCCUCAUUUUAAUACUAGCCCAUAAAUCAAAACCAUAAGGGGAGGGAAACAUAAGGGUCAGACUGAGUCCAAACCGAAGGCCAGGCGGAACAGCUCUGUCUUGCAGGCCCUGUGGAAAGAUGUCAAGUCCCGCAGGGCCUUAGUCUCUUGUGACAGAGCGUUCCACCAAGUCGGGGCCAGUACUGAAAAGGCCCUGGCCCUAGUUGAGACCAAUCUAACCACCUUGCGACUUGGGACCUCCAAAGUGUUGCUAUUUGUGGACCUUAAGGUCCUCCGUGGGGCAUACCAGGAAAGGCGCUUCUGUAGGUACGAGGGUCCUAGGCCGUAUAGGGCUUUAAAGGUCAAAACCAGCACCUUAAACCUGACCCUGUACUCCACCGGGGGCCAGUGCACAGCCAAGACAUUCCAUGCAAAACCCAAGGAGAGAGCAGUUGCGGGGUGCUGUUUGCAGUCUCUCUCGCCUUCUUCAUUUUUCAUUUGGCUAAGAUUUGGUAGGGCCUCCAGGAGCCAGAUCAGAUUGUUUUGUGGACCACAUCCCAGUGGAACUUGUUUGUUGGGAGAUCAGAGGGGAGGCGUGUGGGGAGACCGUGACUCUAUUGUGGGUGCUGGGUAUCACCUCCAAGGCCUCUGAAUGCACUCUCUCUCUUCUCUCAUCCUCUCAGCCUGUACCAGAAGAGCCGAUGGAGCUUCAGGCUGCAGAGCAGCCUUCCGAAACCCUGCAGGUAUGGAGUGGGAGCCAGGGUCAGGGUGCUGUGGAGCUGGGAGAGGGUAUGGUUCCCAGGGUCUUCUGGCGGUUCCCUCACUGCGAGAAGUGAGGUUGCAGGCAGCCAGGCAGAGGGCCUUCUCGGUGGUGGCACCCGCCCUGUGGAACGCCCUCCAGGAGACUUUUAGAAGACAUCUGAAGGCAGUCCUGUUACAGGGAAGUUCUUAAUAGUUGGUGUUUUAUUGUGCCUUUACUUUUUGCUGCUGUCUAGAGUGGCUGGCGAAAACCAGUUGGAUGGGCGGCAUAUAAAUAAAAUAAUAUACAAAGCCCUUAGCAUGAGCUACUGCCAGUGAUCCUUGUAAGAACCUUGAGAGGUGGAUGAGGAGUGUUCCCAUAUAGCAAAUGGAAGGACAGAGGCUGCCUCCCUCCCCCAACCUUCUAGGCUUAGUGUGUGUGUCUGAAGCCCUUCGAAACUUGCUGGUAUAUGGGGAAAAACUUAAUGAUUGAUUCUGAAGCUGCCCCCACCCAGUGCUGCCCACUGGGCCAAGCCCCUUUUCUGCCUGGAACACCGGGGAUAUGUUCCUGGCAGACGCACCUUGCUUGGGCCCUGCUCCCAUUCUCUCCUCCCUUUCCUCGCAGCGAGACAGCGCCGCAUCCCCGGCCCCGGCCACAACGGCCGAGGAGGCCAUGCCCCAGCAGCACGGGGAGCCGGAGCACGAGGAGCCGCAGCAAGGGGAGCCACCCGCCCCCGACGCAGAGCCCUGGGCAGCUGCCGUGCCCCCUGUGAGUGGUCUGGGGCGGAAGCGGGCGGCGAGCGGGGGGAGGGCGGGGAGAAGGAACUCUCUGGAGUCGCUAACGGGUCCCCCAAUGCUUUCCUCUUCCCUCCUCCUCGUCCGCAAGGAGUGGGUGCCCAUCAUCCGGGAGGACAUCCAGAGCCAGCGCAAGCUGAAGCAGCAGCCCCCUCUCAGCGACGCCUACCUGAGCGGCAUGCCGGCCAAGCGGCGCAAGGUGAGAAGGCCCUUCUGCCCUAGGCAGGAUUCACUUCGCUCGGGUUGCUCCACGGAAACGACAAAGGCAGCCCAGCCUCUCUUAAACAGCGGGUUCUCCUUGCGUGGCCAACCCCAGGGGCUUAAAGCAGCACUUCCUGCAGGGAGAGGGCUGAACUGAAUGGUCCUCAGGGUCCCUUCCAACUCUGCAAGUCCAAGUUCCAUUUCCCUUGAUGGGAUCUUCUUCUUCUUCUUUGGCAAUCACUCGUAGCAGCGUAUGAUUGUCUUCUUCACGCGAGUAGGACCCUGGCAGAGACACAUGCCCGACUGGCAUGUUCUCUCCCUCCUGGUCUUUCGUUCGGGAGCUUCAAAAGCUUCAGCCCGAACAUCACAGCGACCGAUGCCAACCGACACCGGCACACUUAGGGAUCCACAGAGUUUGUGCAGCUUGUGUAACAGAUCUCAGCAUUUUGGCUAAUCUACUUUAUUUACAUAUAAACACACUUGGAGCACUGCAACAUGGCUCCCUCUCUCUCUAGCAUCAGACAGCAAAGAGAAAGAACAAAGGACAAUAGUCCCACUUCACGGAACACAGUAACACAAACAUCCUGUCUCCGUCACUUCCCACCUUGUGGAGUAAAAACAUACACCGUCAUGUGAAAGACAACAAUCCCAUGACUGCAAUCACGGAGCAGGAAUUCUAACAUGUCUUCCACUAACGAGUCUUAACAGUGAGUCUGUAAGUGACUGUGGAGGCCAAUUCUGGAUCCACGCAUCCUUCCACAGUGGGGACAUAGGUUUCCGGGCGGGAGUUGAUCACAGUGAGGGUUUGCCAGACAUGCCUUCCUCUUAGUGCGUUUCUUGUCCUGAGUUUGAGUGUCUUCAAAGCCCAUGACGCCUUUGGUAAAGGCUGUUCUCCAAUUGGAGCGCUCGCAGGCAAGUGUUUCCCAGUUGUCGGUGUUUAUACUACAUUUUUUUAGGUUUACCUUGAGUGUCUUUAAACCUCUUUUGUUUUGAUGCGAUACGGAGGCGCCUUGCUUGUGGGUGGUGAAUUUUCUGGGGGGAAACGAAUAUUUAUUUUUCACUCCGACUCUGGUGGGCAAUCUUCACCAAUGGGAAGUGUAGAGUGGAGGCAGAUUUAAAUCAGACGUGAGCUCCUUCUGGUUUGGGAGACAUGACAUGUCCCCAGUACAUUGCGGAUGUUCUGGAUUUUUGUUCUGAGAAGCUCCUCACUUCUUUCCCCCUUCUGUUUCCUUUUAGUCCUCUCCCCUUUGUGAUGCCCACCCAACACCCCUUCCCUUGGAAAUUCUAACGUUUUAUUUCAUGAUGUUACUGUGUUACGUAUUUUUCUGUGGUUUUCCUAAGCUGUCCUGUGAUCCUCUGAGGAAGGGCAGUAAAGUAAUUCAAGAAGUAAAUAAAUGAUGGAAAGGAAAUGGUAUCUCUAAUAAGGAUUCAAAAUCCUCCCUUCCUCUACUAGUAGACAUGACAAAUGAAAGCAAGCAAAAGUUUUGGAAGUCAGCUUUCUCAAACCCCAGCUUUGAGCAAGGGCUAACGCUUGCUUCCAUAAUUUCAGCACAUCCCAGACCUAGAUGUUUACAACUAGACUCACAAUAGUGAGGCAGGGCUCUUAUUGGCUCUGGCCUCUAGUCAUGUGAGCUUUCAUUCAUCCUUGCUUCAGAGCUGGGGAGGGUUGCCUUGUGGGAAAUUCCCCUAAUGCUUUGGGUGUGUGUAGCAGGGUUGAUCCACUGCUGAAGGAAGUCUCUCUGUGAAUCUCUGCUGUGCUUUUUGGCCGAUUGCAUAACGCAGACAGGUUCCGCUCCGGCUUACCUGCUGCUCCAGCACCUUAUCGCAAGCGCAGAACCCUAAACUUGUCUCUUCCCUCUCUUGGAAGACUAUGCAGGGUGAUGGUCCCCAGCUCCUCCUGUCCGAGGCAGUCAACAAAGCGGCCAAAGUAGCAGGCGUGAAACCUCUGACGAGCGCCGAGAGCCUGAGCAGAGACCUGGCAGAGCCAGCGCUGCAGGAGGGCUACCGACAGCAGGUGAGGACAGGGGUCUGUUGGUGGGGCCUUAGUUUUUGCUUUUAUACCCCAAUGGGGGCUGUAUGGCACCUGUCUGUCCAGGUGAUUUGGGGUAGCCGGACUCCUGCCCCUCACUCUCCUUUUUCUUCUUUCAGCUGAAAUCUGAUCUGCAGAAGCGGCUGCAAGCUGAUCCCAGCUUCACCCCGCAGAGGUUCCCCAACGCCCAGCAAGCCUUUGUGGCCGAGGACUUGUAACGGUCACUGCCCCCAAACCCUCCUAGAUAGGGAGGCCCUCUCUCUGGGGCUCACCUCUUUGUCCUUUUUUGUGCACGAUGCAGACAGCCACUCCCUUCUCAGGCCAAAUAUUUAAGUUCCUUCCCAACUUACGUCCCCCCUUCCCAACCCCGUCUUCUGGUUGCUGUGACCUUUCUCCCCCAGCGGAGUGCUCGAAGUUGCUGCUGAAUCAGUAAAUAAAGCCACUUGUCCAGGGACCGGUGGUGCUUGUGUGUUUUCAAAAUGCUCUUAUGGCUGGUGGGAUAUUGAGUUGCUUCGUGGCCCGGCGACUGCAGCCAAGUGCAUCAAUCUCGCAUUAAAGGAUGAAUUGAUCAAAACCGGCAAUUUAAGUUGCCAAGGAAGAGGCCGAUUUAAAUCUUUACCAUUGAUAUCGCUUCAACAGCAGUGUUAAUAAUAUACAAGUAAAAUUAACUAAAGAGGUUUUUUUAAAAAGCACUAUUUUGUUCUUAACAACCAAACCUUACAUCUCAUAUGUAUAUUGUGUGUAUAUAUAUAUUUACAUGCUUUCUUUAAAAAAAAACCUAGAAAGGGAAUCGCUUUACACUAUUCCCAAAUAGACGCUUCCUUGUAACUAUCACCUAUGGCAGUUUGCAAGGUUCACAAAUUGAUAAGACUUUUAUGCGAGUCCCUUUGCAUUCUCCCAUGUAGGAGACGAUACAAUUGUCCUUUCUUCUUUCUGUGCCGCUUGGCCCAGUGCUACCCUCCCUCAGUAAAGCAUCAAAUAAAAACGAAGUUCUUUUUAGGUGGAAUAU